GAAGGAUCCAAGGGGGGAAGAGAGAGAGCUCGUGUUUUGGAGAAAUUGAGCAGGAAGCUUUAAGGAAGGGAAGGAGGUGGAGAGAGUGUUUUGGAGGGGGCAGCGCAGAGGGGAGGUGGGGUGUUAUAAAUUGUAGGUGGAGUAAUACUGCAAGAAUUUGAGCUGCUGUCCCUGGCUCCCCGGCUCUACGGUGAUGAGGUCAUAGUGUUUUUGGGUUAAAAAAAACAACAACUUCAACUUGUUUUUCAGGAGAGAGAGAGAGAGAGAGAGAAACACACAGAGGCUGAAGAAAUGGAGCAAGUAGCAAAACUCCUUCUGUGGCAGCUUUUGCUUCUGCAAAGGUCUGUUGUUCAUUUGUAUUCAGUCCCAGCUGACAUGUUGAACCCUGAGAGCGUGGUGGUGUCGGUGUCGAAUGUCAGCGCCGUGGCUGGAUCCCAAACUGUCCUGACCUGCAAGAGUUUCCGCAUGAUCUGGACCCAGGACCGUCUGAAUGACCGCCAGCGUGUGGUCCACUGGGACUUGUAUAGCAACCAGGAUGGCGAUUACAAGGCGGAGAGGCUGUGUGACAUGUACUCAGCUGGGGAGCAGCGGGUGUACAGCUCCUACAACCAAGGGAGGAUAGCCAUGCCUCAGAAUGCAUUCGCAGAUGGCAACUUCUCACUGGUGAUCAAAGAUGUUGCAGAGAGCGACCAAGGCACGUACUCCUGUAACCUCCACCAUCACUACUGCCACUUGUACGAGACGGUGAAAAUCCAGCUGGAGGUCACCGAGCAAGCCAGGGAAGCGAAGAGGUACUGGGAUGGCGAGAAGGCCGUGAUCGUUGCCUUGCAGGACAGCACCGUGGUGCUCCCCUGCGUGAACCGGAACCAGAUCUGGACUGAACGGCACAGCGAGGAGGAGCAGCAGGUGGUCCACUGGGACAGGCAGCCCCCGGGGGUCCCGCACGACCGGGCCGACCGCCUCAUAGACCUGUACGCCUCCGGUGAGCGCCGCUCCUACGGGCCUCUCUUCAUCCGGCAGAAGAUGAACAUCACCGAGACGGCCUUCGCCCUGGGCGACUUCUCGCUGCGGAUUUCAGCCCUGGAGAACGCGGAUGAGGGCACGUACUCCUGCCACCUCCACCAUCACUACUGCGGCCUCCACGAGCGCAGGAUCUUCCGGGUCUCCGUGACGGAGCCAGUGAGAGAGAAGAAGGUGGUGAACCUCACUAACCCCAACAGCGUGCCACCUGUAGAUCCAAACCUAGGCAGGGGCCAUAACGUGAUAAACGUCAUCAUCCCCGAGAGCCGGGUGCACUUCUUCCAGCAGCUGGGCUACAUCCUGGCAACCCUGCUCCUCUUCCUCAUCCUCCUCAUCAUCGUGGUGCUCGUUACCCGCAAACACCGGAGGAGAGGCUACGAGUACAAUGUGAAGAAAUACGACGAGAAGGACAUGAAUCUCAAAGAGUUCUCAGUUGACACAACCGACCUGACCCAGUACAAAAGCGAAGACAUAAGGCUGGAUUUCAAAAACAACAUCCUGAAGGAGCGGGCCGAGCAGGUCAAGAGCUUCCCAGCAAAGAUCAUUGAUUUAGACAAAGAUUUCAGGAAGGAAUACUGUAAAUGAAGACAUUCGGAAGCUGCUGGCUGGACCAGAAGCUGCAAUUAAAAAUAGACGAGAUGCAUUCCUUAUUAUAACAUCCUUCCAGUUACCGUAGAUCUUUCAUUUAGACUUUCUUCCCGUUGGGCACCAAGGCGUGUGCAGCUGCAUACAGAAAGGUUUAGAUUGGCUGUGUGAUCUUGGAGAUGGUUUUUGGUGGCUUCUUUUUCCCCUUUCCUGUUUAUUUUUCCAUCCCUUUUCUGGAUUUUUUUUUUGUUCUUUUGCAUCAAUGGUUUUUUUCAGCUGAACCAGCAGAUGUUUAGCUUUAACUUAACAGCAUUAAAUAAACCCCACCUGCACCAUGACCCUGAGCCAUCCGUAUAUCAGGUCCUUUUCCGUGCAAUGUGUUUAACAGCAAAUAAGACAGGGUCUGUUUCUGAUCUCCCAUAUGCUGGCGUAAAUCAGGAGGAACAAUCAUGACACUUAGCACUUUUCAUGGUCAAGAUGUGGUAUCAAUGUUAGCUAAUCCAUCCUCAUGCCCUGCCAGGAGGGUGAGUAAAUAUUAUCAUCCUCCUGCAGGUGUGGAAACUGAGGCAUGUAAGUGCAGAAACUUGCCUGUGAUUUUGCAGAGGAUAAGUGGCAACACCAGGAUUAGAUCCCAGAUGCUGUGGACACCUAGCUCUGUCUUAUUCCUCUCAGCCACCUUGCCUGAUUUUAUUAUUAUUAUUUUAAAUUAUAGACCAAAUCCAACCUUGGCAUGAGCAGGUACAGCUUCCUUUGAAGUCAAUGCAUUAUCCUGUUGGAAAACCAGUGUAAGCUAGAUCAGAACCAGAAAUCUUACUAUGAACAAGGCAAAAUUCUUGGAUCCAUCGAGUGGUUCUCUGCUACAUAUCCUGCAUUUGCCAGGUGGGUCCUACCCAUCAGGGGCAGCUCUAGAAAUUACGC